UCCUCUAUAAAUUGCAAGGCCAACGUGAGCAUGAUUUCCACAACAUAGCCUUAUUUGUUUUCAGCUUCGAAAUCUUCCAUUUGAAUAUCUUCGGUUUCUGAGAGGAAGAGAGUGGGAAAAUGGCCAUCUUCACGACUGAAAAUCCCUGGGUGCUUAUUUUUGGAGUUCUAGGUAAUAUCAUAUCCAUCGUGGUCUUUUUGGCCCCAGUGCCAACGUUCUGUAGGAUAUGCAGGAAGAAGUCAACUGAAGGGUUUGAAUCAGUUCCAUACGUGGUUUCUCUGUCCAGCGCUAUGCUUUGGCUGUACUAUGCAUCCCUCAAGUCUGAGUCCAGCGCUUUCCUGCUUAUCACGGUCAACUCGGUCGGAUGUGCUGUAGAGACGAUCUACAUCGCUCUCUACCUCACGUAUGCUCCUAAACAAGCCAGGAUGAUGACACUGAGGCUGCUGUUGCUGAAUUUCGGAGGGUAUUGUUCCAUUCUUCUUCUGUCCCACUUCUUGACGAAGGGAUCGGCGAGGGUCCAACUUGUUGGGCGGAUUUGCGUUGCGCUCUCUGUUGCAGUCUUUGCUGCUCCGCUAAGCGUCAUUGUAAAUGAUGCAGAAGCUGAUCCCGAGUUUUCUUUAGCUUUUGUUUGA